AUGUCAUCUAGCCUGCAGCAGCUCCAAAGCCAACAACUCAGAGCUGUCAGUCUCGAAUAUUCGCAGCAGCACCCUCAUGCCCACGCUCUCGACUCGCCCGGCGCUCAUUCUCAUAUAACCACUUCCUCAGCCUCCCACCAACCCUUCUCCUCUGGAACCCCAAAUGACGGUAUGCGGUCCAACAGCGCGAACCACAGCGUCGUCGAUGCCUCCCAUUUUGCCGACGACUUUUCUUUCCCACCGAACCCGCUGGACGACCAAAGCGCAAUGAUGUUCCUCGGCGAACCAGAUCACGCUGCCGACAUGUUCCCGACCUCGCAUCGCCCCUCCGUCUCCUCCAUCGGUGGCCGCCAAAACUCAAUAACAGUCAUGCCUGUCGGUUUUGCGCAGGCCAUGAACCAGCGCCGCCAUAGCAUCAUUACCUCGGAAGAUGGCAGCCAGGACAGCGGCCACGCCGAGCACAAUCCACUCGAGGAUGCCGGUGCCGAUGAGUUUGGCCUACCUACGCAAAUCGCCGGCAACGGGUCCGACCUGGGCGGCAAAUCCAAGGACGACAAGACAGACCAGACGCCCGCAUGGAGCGAGUUGAAGACCAAGGCCGGCAAAGAACGAAAGCGACUUCCUCUAGCGUGCAUCGCAUGCCGACGUAAAAAGAUUCGAUGCUCGGGAGAAAAGCCGGCGUGCAAGCAUUGCCUUCGAUCACGGAUUCCCUGUGUGUACAAGGUGACAACCAGGAAAGCCGCGCCCAGGACCGACUACAUGGCCAUGUUGGACAAGCGACUGAAGCGCAUGGAGGAGCGCAUCAUCAAAAUUGUGCCGAAAAACGAACAAGACUCCAAUGCGGCCUCGCUGACCCGAGCCGUGGUUAAACCGGCAAUUCCGGGAUCACUCCCCGCAGCUAAAGCCAACUCUAAGAAGCGAGUUGCCGACGAAGCAUUUGGUCAGGAUCUCGACCACUGGGCAAAAGCGCCGGCCAAGACAAGAAUUGAAACGCCAAACAAGAACUUGUCGUUGCAAGCGCAGGAAGCGGAGGAGAACAAGCUCUUCCUGGAGGGGCUCGAUGCACUUCCGUCCAAGGAAAUCCAGGAACAUUUAGCCGAGGUAUUUUUCGAGAACAUUUACGGCCAAGCAUACCACCUGCUCCACAAGCCCAGCUACAUGAGAAAACUCAGAGCUGGCACGCUUCCGCCAGUACUCGUACUGUCCGUUUGCGCGAUAGCCGCCCGCUUUUCCAGCCACCCGAAACUCAACAACUCAUCACCAAACUUUCUCCGUGGCGAGGAGUGGGCGUCGCAUGCCCGGGACAUCUGCACCAGGCGAUAUGAGUGGCCCAACAUCACGAUCCUGACGUGUCUACUUAUCCUCGGCCUUCACGAGUUUGGGACGUGCCAUGGCGGUAGGAGCUGGGCUUUAGGAGGCCAAGCAAUCCGCAUGGCCUUUGCUCUACAACUUCACAAAGACUUGGACCACGAUCCCCUGAAUCGCAGCGGAGCAUCGCAGCUGAGUUUCAUCGACCGCGAGAUCCGGCGCCGGACAAUGUGGGCAUGCUUUCUCAUGGACCGGUUCAACUCCUCCGGUACCGAACGACCUACCUUUGUGAGGGAAGAGACGAUUGAAAUUCCGCUACCGAUCAAAGAAAAAUACUUCCAGCUCGAUAUGCCAGCCCCGACGGAAACCCUCAAGGGCAAGGUCCCUCAUCCCGUGUCUGCUGAGGAUGGUCAAAUGGCCGAUGCGAAAGAGAACAUGGGCGUUGCCGCUCACAUGAUCAAGACCAUCUCUCUCUGGGGUAGAGUCAUCAACUAUCUGAACCAAGGAGGAAAGGAGCUCGACCCCCAUCCCAUCUGGAGCCCCGAAUCCGAGUACACCAAGUUGUUGCAGCAGUCCGAAGACCUGCUCGACAACCUCCCAGAAUUUCUUCGUUACUCACCCGAGAACGUCGCGCUCCACGAUACGGAAAAGAUGGCGAACCAAUUCUUGUUCCUCCACAUCGCGAUGCAGCAAAACGUUCUCUUCCUCAACCGAGUUGCCGUUUCAACGCCAAACAGCCCCGCUGCUCAAGGCGUUCCUCGGGAGUUUGUCGCCAAGGCAGGCGACAAGACGUUUGCAGCCGCCAACAGGAUUUCCGAGGUUCUCAAAGACGCCGAGUCUCACAUGGUGACUGCCCCCUUUGUCGGCUAUUGCGCCUUUUCGUCUGGGACGAUCCACAUACUCGGCAUCUUCUCUGGCAAUCCUGCUGUCGAGGCAGCGUCGAAACGAAACCUGGCGACCAAUGUCAAGUUUCUUUCAAAGAUGAAGAGGUAUUGGGGCAUGUUCCACUACAUGUCUGAGAACCUCCGUGAGCAAUACAGGACAUACGCCGAUGCCGCCAGACAGGGCAAUUCGGCAAAGGAGACGUCAACGGCUUCCCCCAUCUUCCAGUACGGCGACUGGUUCGACCGAUAUCCCCACGGCGUUUCACAAUCCGACUUUUCCGACCCAGCAUCUACGAAGAAGAAGGAGAAGGGCGACGACGCCGUGUUGGAGCAGAAGCCAGAAUUACACACCGUGGAGGAAUACUUUACGAGUUUGUCGCCACCUCGCAGCACAGAAGGCAAUUCGUCAAGGCCAAACCCGCUCAAGCGCAAGUCUUUCGUCGGGAAGAAACUCGGCACUCCGGGCAUGCGAGCAGAUGGAAGCCAACUGGAACCACUCUCCACCGAGAACGUUGCUGCCACGGCGCAAGAGCAACUGAGUGCCCGCAUGCGACAACAGAGAGGCAUGCAGCAAGGCUCGCUCGGCGGCCAGACAAGCGGACCGACCAGCUUCAAUCCCCUGACCGUGCCGCAUUCGCAAGGCUCCAACUACCACGCCCUAUCUCCCAUCAGUCCCAUCGCCGUCAGCCAGUACGGGCACCACCACCCGGGCACACCGUCAUUCUUCUCUCCCGACUUGCUCAACAUGUCGAUGAAUCAACAGAACGGCAUCUUGCAGCCCCUGGACCGGCAGCUCGUGUUUGGCGGGUACUCCAUGGAACAGGGCAACAUGAGCCACUUUGACGGCAUCGACUGGGACGGCAUGCCGAGUAGCGCCCACAGCGCACCGAGAGCGCACAGAGACGGGGCCCGCUCGCGUCCCUCGCGCGGCGGUCCCAAUGGCAUGGGCGGGCCCGGCCACGGACACGGGGAGGGUAUGGGGUUCGGAGGCCAGGAGGCGUCGACGGCGUGGUUCAUGCCGUUCAACAUGGAGCCGCCGGAGAUCGGGCAGGACAUGGGUAUGAAUAUUGACGGGUUCGGCAACAUGUUUGGCAGCGGGUUGCAUCACGGAGCGCGAUGA